AUGUUGGAGAAGGAGGAGACAGUGGCCGAGGAAGGGAUCAAGUCAUCCCCAUUACUGCAGAUACUCAAGAGUCUGCGCAGCCAACUUACCUCAUCUCCGUCGUCUCCUCCAUGUCCAGCAGACAAGGUUCGCCUAGCGCUAGCAUUUCACGUGCAUGACGCAACAUCGGAGGAGGAAGUGAACUAUCCAGACGUGAUCACCCCCGAGGUACCGCUGUCCUCGACAGCAGAGGAGGAUGGGACCAGCUCGGUCUCCUUCGAUCGACAGCAGUACAUCCUGCCGGUGGGGGAUCCGAGACUAUCUGACCUCCUGGUGGGUCUGGUGCUGAAGGAGGAGGAGACUUGCUCAGAGGGAGCGACAGGCUGCGAUGGGGCUCAGAUUGUUGCUGCCUCCAGCAUGCACAUCGCUCACGUGCUCAAGGAACUUGAUCUCUUCUGCUUCCGCGAGUUCCUGGACAGGUCGAGCAUCGGGCAAGUGACUCUCUCCUGUGACGAGGAGUUUGCAGAGCGUGGCUUACUGACAGAGCUCCAGUGGCCGUUCACGCCGGGGCAGGCAGGAGCCAUCUUUCACUCUCUUGAUCUCAACAGGGACAACUUGGUGCAGCUGGACGAGUGGUGCGAAGGCCUUCGAGUCGCCCAUCAGUUUGCCAUCCCCUUGCUCAGUCUACCAGCUCUUACCACCCCUGCUGAAGCUGGAGCUGGAGCUGGAGCUGGAGCUGGAGCUGGAGCUGGAGCUGGAGCUGCUGGGCUUUCUGACUCGAAAGAGAUUGGGGUCGUCGUUGUGCAGGUGGAGCUUCAGCCGCAUGCUCGGAGCCUGCUAGAGGACUUGGCAGGAUCAUGCCCUGUCGUUCAGAGGGCAAGGAGACCAGUGGCGAUCGGAACCUCCCGCUCACGGCAGGAAAGUCGUGACGGCAAAGCACAGGAUGAAAGUGAUGGCGGAAAGUUGAAGGAAGUUUUCGAGGAGGAGGGGACAGGAGGCAGGCAAGUAACCUUCAAGUUCAGGAGGCUCCGAGGAAAACAAAGAGAGGAAGAGCAAGUGCAUCAGAGUCAAGUCAGCGAGGACAAGCAGAAUCGGAAUCCGAAACUGCAGAAGGAGGAGAGAGAGAAAGGAGGAGAGGAGGGAGACGAGGAGGAGGCUCAUGGUGACUGGGUCAACGCAUGGACAUGCGGGGGGUGUGGCGAUCUCAACGGUUUCGACGUCUUUCUGUGCUCCUGCGGGCUUUUCAUGCAUCCUGAAUGGAACCAAACUUUCUCAGGGGAGGAGGAGAGGCUGUUGUCAUCAGGACUGGAUCACGACAACCAAACUGUUCACGCCUCUCAGUCGCGCUCCUCUUCCCCCGCUGCUCGUUCUUCUCAGCUCACCAGGAAUGAGAAGGAGAAGGAGGGUGCAAGAUGCCCUUGCAUGUUCUGCGGGGGGUUUGGACUACUGCCGAGCUGCUAUGACGUCGAGGAGAAGCAUCUCACAGUAUGGCGAAGGGGGAUGCUGCUGGCUGUCAGCUGGAGGGAGGCUACGGAGGAGAAGAGCCUUCCUCGUCUUUCGGAGAUCCUCCAAGGCACAGCAGAGCAGCAGCAGCAGCAGAUCGCCCCUGCCAAUCAUCCGUUUGUGCAAGAAUGGAGCAUGUUACUGAUGCUGGUCUGUACAAGGGGGAAAACGAGAAGGAAGAGAGUAGGAUGCAGGAGGCAGGAGGAGGACGAGGAGGACGAGGACAAGGACAAGGACAAGGAUGAGAUUAUGAGAAAAGGAGGCAAUAAGCUGAGAGUGAAAUAUUCUUCUCUUCAUCUCUCUGGACGGAUCCCCAAUGGCGUCUUGCAACACCACUUCUACCUCCUCGUCCAAGGCGUCAGGCAGCACAAUGGUUUCAGCUCGGAGCAUAUUCGCAUCGAACAUGUUGAGGAAAGAGAAAACAAAGGCCAGGAAACGAAAGAGAGAAGCAAGAGAUUCGAAGAGGAGGAGGAGGAGGAGGAGGAGGAUGGAGAGGGACAGUCGGACUACGUUUCUAUUGUUACAUUUCCUUCCCGCAAGCACGCCAUGAAAGCACUUGCGCGAUCUUACGACAGUCUGCUGUCCUUUGAUGCGGCCGAGGCAGCCAAGACGGAAGCCGACGAAACUAACGGGGGGGCAGGGGCAGGGGCAGGGGCAGGGGCAGGAGCAGGGGCAGGGGCAGGGGCAGGAGCAGGAGCAGGAGUAGAAGGGGAGACGGUUGGGAGGAAGAUGCAGCUGAAGCUCUUGUGUGAGUUCGAGCCGCUUUAUCCCUUUCCUCCUCGUGGUCGCAUCAUCAUCAACGGCCUCAGCUCGAAGCUCACAGAGGAGCAGGUGAAGAUGGCCAUGGGGCCGAGGAGGAAGCGAGUGACUGGGGUCAUUCUCUCCUCCGGUGAGACGGCCAGGAGCUGGCAGGCAGUUGUGAGCUUCGAGACGGAGGAGGAGGCGCUGGCGGCGCUGAGAUGGCAGCAAGAGCUCUGCGCUCUUUCUCGCUCCUCCAAGGAGCUGCGAGAAGCUGCCAGCAUGCUCCCGCGCUCCUACCUCGACGACCUGCCGCGCCUGUCGCUCGAGGCUACUUGUCCUCUCGUCUACGCUGAGGUCGGGAGGCACGGCAGGGAAGGGCUGACGGAGGGAGGGAGACAGUCAUGGAGGAGGAAAGAAGGCAGUGGGGAUGGACUGGGGAGGACUCGGGGAGGGAGGAGUAUGAGGAGGAAGUGGAGAGUGAAGCGGAGGCUGAGGAUGCGUAACUGCGCGCAGGUGAUGGAGGAAUGGAUUCCAGCAGAUGCGCCUCUUCCCUUCCCUUCCUUCGACCCCAAGGAUGAAUUCAGCAUGGAGCACAUGAGGGUAUGGAGGAGAGCGAGGCAGGGAAGGGGAGCAGAGCAGGGAACGAGCGAUCGUUUAAAGAACAGAAAUUAA